UUGUAAAGUUUGAAUCUUUUGUCUGCUUACGGUCCAUAUUCAUGACAUUAAUAUUCGCAUACGUGCUUAUGUAUAGUAUCUGCUUUGCUGUCAAGUUUGAUUCUGGUAUCAUUUGUUCUCAUUCUAAACUUUUUAUGUGGAUUUUGACUGGCUCUCAAUUAUGAGUUAAUGUUUGUAUCUGAGUUGGUUAAUGCCAUUCUUCUUUCUAAUUAUUGAUUUUCUGUGCUACUUUGGAUUUUCUUCCUUUUUUCCCACCUCCAGAUCUGUAAUCAUUGAAUUUGAGAAUUCUCUUCCUUUUUGUCAAUUUCUUACCUACAUUGCUUGUUGUCCUUACUUUGCUUGUAACUACAAUAACAUGCUAUACCUUUUUCUUGCCCCCCAUGCUUACCUCUUUCAACUCUCUUGGAAAUAUGUAGAAUGCGUCCUCUUUUUCUGCAAGUGAUAUCCACUGCAAUUACUUCCUUUUUUUUUUUUUUUUGAGUUUCAAAAAGCCAAGUGAUGUCCUGAAGCCCGAAUGCCAUGUAACAUAACAUUACUUCAUGAUUAUGACAACAGAAGUUAUGAUGUGUAGAGAAGUUACCGCUUUUUAUGUUUUUUUUUUUCUCUGUUCCUAUUUGCUGAGAAAUUACAACUUUUUUUCUUAUUUUCUCACAGCAUGCGUAUAUGCCUAUUUAAUAAGAUUGAUCCACCAUUUCAAUCAGCAAGCAUGACUUUUAAAAGUUGCUGAUUGAUUUAUUGGUGGAGUUUUCUUAUGUAAGAUACCAUACCUUCAAACAGAGCCAUGCUCUUACAAAUAUAUGUUGCUAUGAAGGCUAUGCCAUGGUACACUCUUCUUCCAACAGUUUCUGAGUACAUGAUUGAAAAUGGCUGGACAAAGUGUUUCUCUAGCAUAUCUGAAAUUGGUUGGUUCGCCUACAUCAUAUAUUUUCCUAUAUAUCUUGUUAUUGUGGAGUUUGGGAUUUACUGGAUGCAUAGAGAAUUGCAUGAUAUAAAACCUCUAUACAAGUAUCUUCAUGCAACCCAUCACAUCUACAACAAACAGAACACUCUAUCUCCAUUUGCUGGUUUGGCAUUUCACCCAGUUGACGGGAUUCUACAAGCUGUACCACAUGUUAUAGCUCUGUUUCUUGUGCCAACCCAUUUUAGAUCGCACGUAGCCCUCUUAUUCAUCGAGGCUAUAUGGACAGCAAACAUCCAUGAUUGCAUCCAUGCCAACCUAUGGCCCGUGAUGGGUGCUGGGUACCACACCAUUCACCAUACCACAUACAAGCAUAAUUACGGCCAUUAUACUAUAUGGAUGGAUUGGAUGCUGGGAACCCUUCGUGACCCAGAGGAUGAUUCAUGCCAGAGAGCGCAGAAGGUGCAAUGACGCCCUUGCUUGUCUUCGCCAAGCUGCUCGUGCAAUUCCCUGUAGUUUGUUGGGUAGACUUGCGUUUUGGUUGGACUGCAUGUAAUGCAUGUGGCCUUUGCAUAUAUUUAUUUCUUUUUUAUGAUUUGUUGUUUCCGUGGGCUCAAAAGGGGACAAUGUUUGAGAGCUCAAGGAUGUUUUCUGCUUGCUUAACUUGCAAUUUAGCCACAAGCUCUGUAAGCCAAUGUUUAGUGUGUCUUUGUUAACGCGGCUCUGUAUGAUGUUGCUGUUUGGUGUGGCCACAAAAUAGUUAGUCUUUGGAACCAAGCUAGUUUUCUUUUUUCUUGAAGAAAGCAACAAGAGAUCCAAAAAUCGGGGUGUUUGUCUUUCAUGGCAGAUUUGUCUUUGAAGGGCAACCAACAGUGGCGCCGAACAGAUCUUCAGCAGCAACUUUUAUGGUGCAACCGUGGGCAUGCAUGCAUGUGCUUGAAAUACUAUAAUUCUAUAUGGUUUGGAUAAACCAAUGCAUCACAACCGAAAUGCUUUUUAGACUUGGACUGGCCAUUGGCUGUCCAUCCCCACAACACAGCCUUCUUCUUAUCCAGUUGGCAUGCCACGUAUGGAAUUCUGUUCUGUAUUUUGCUUUGUUAUAAAGAAACGUUAUUUUUUUGUUUUUAA